CGCAUCGGCGACAACCUGAGUCAAUAAACACCAAGAACAAGAGAGGCGAACGAUGAAGGUGGUGGUCGCGCUGGAUGACAGCGGCGGGAGCCACCACGCGCUAGACUGGGUGCUACGCUCCCUUUUCCCCGCCGGCGAUCAGCCGGCUACGGAGGAGGCCCGGCAUGAGCUCGUGCUCGUCCACGCCCUGGAGCCGCUCCACCACGCCAUGUGCCCGGUCGGCGGGCUAGGGUCAGCGGUGUACGGCGCGCCGGAGAUCAUGCAGUCGGUGCGAGCGGCGCGCAAGGAGAGCGCGCGCAGCCUGCUCGACAGGGCCAGGCGGGUCUGCCACGGACGAGGGGUGAGCGCGGCGGCGGUGCUGGUGGAGGGGGAGUCGAGGGAGGCGCUGUGCCGCGCCGCGGAGGACGCGGGCGCCGGCCUGCUCGUCGUCGGCAGCCGCGGGCUCGGCGCCGUCGGGAGGUGCGUUACGGCGUUCCUGGGGAGCGUGAGCGACUACUGCGCGCACCACGCCAGCUGCCCCGUCAUGGUGGUCCGGCCGCCGCCCGUCGACAAGGAUGGCCAGCGGACGAGGUCAUCUCCAAUCAGCUGCCCGUCACCAUGUUUACAACAGGGGUGCUUAAUGGCGGAAUGAUCGUCGCGCGUUUGUCAUCGGGGCUUUUCACUGCCCGUAUGAUGUCUAGUAUGUUCGAUGUUCUGGCUUGGUGUCACUGUCAACAGAUCGAAUAGCGUUCAUUAAUAAAAUUCACCAUGAUCGAUGUC